CAGUUUGCAUGGUGUAUUAUGGACUGAACCUGAACACCGCUAUGCUCUAUGGGAACUUCUACAUAAAUUUUCUUAUAUUUGUGAUGUUAGAGGUAGUUGGGAACGCAACCCUAUGGCUAACCAUCAACAGAUUUGGUAGAAAGAGAAGCUACAUAUUCUACACGACUGUCGGUGGACUAUCUUGCUUGAGUACAAUAUUCACAGUUAACUAUUUGCGAAAGGACUUACAGAUAGUAACCACCAUUCUUGCUAUGGUUGGGAUGCUCUUCAACACAGCUGGAUUCACUACGCUCUACUUUUUCUCCGCGGAGAUAUUUCCGACUCUUGUCCGUAACGUCGGCAUGGGAACAAGUUCUAGUUUGGCCCGUGUAGGUGCAAUGAUUUUUCCAUUCAUAGCAGACACGCGCCACCUGGUACCUGGCUCCACUGGUGUCGCUAUACCAUUGGUCAUCUUUGGCGGAGCCUGCCUUAUUGGUGCCGGACUUAGCUUAUUUCUCCCCGAAACUGGAAGCAAAAUGUUGCCGGAAACCAUUGAAGACGGGAGGAAUUUCACCUUGAAAGCCUUACAGGACAAGAAAGGAAAAAUACAGAAGAAUGAAGAAAAUGCAACAAUUUCAGGAUCAGAAAAUUUUAUUUAGAGUCGGAUUUUACAAAAUAAACAUACGCUCUGUAGAGCUUUAGACCGACAUGAUAUUAGUACUACAAAUGCAUAGAUACAUAAAUGACUAUAUACACAUAUAAAACAGUUGAUUAACAUGGUCAAGCAUCAAAACAAACAUAUUUACACAUACAAAACAAUACAGAAAAGCACAUAAAUCAUGCAAAUAAAUAAGACAAACACAGAAAAUAGAUAUAUAAUGAAUAGGUCAAAAUAGCAUUGAUGCUCUAAAAGAAUAAUCUAUGAUUUUUACAUUUUUGAUAAAAAUAUAGCAAAUUUGUUAAGUUAAAAGUAUAUGAUUGUGUAAUACUACAUGUAUACAUUUAUGGUAACUAAGUUUACCCACAUGUAGCCAAGUGCAUAAUUGUAGUCCCCCUUCGUACUUUCCGGCUUUUUGUAUCUUUACCAUGACCUUUUAUUGUUUUAUCAUUAAACUUGAUGACGUAACACUGAAUGAGUACUGUUACCGAUAGAUGCCAUGUGUUUACUUUGAAGAUGUAAAAGCUACUUUGAGCCACUUGGGCGACUCCACUGGUGUGUUCUUAUAUUUAAAUGUGUAUUUUCAUAUUAUUUUAUCUAAGUAUAAUCGUUAAAAACAUCUGUAAUCCUCUUGAA